GGAGACGGAGACACAGCGGGGCCCGGCCGACCGACACACACCGAUGCCGGCGCUUAUCACCACAGAAACACUAGAAGUUAUUAUUUUUCUAUGUAAAAAGGGGGUGGGGGGGUAACAAAGCGAGAGAGGGGGUGAGGGAAGGAAGGAAAGAUAGGAGGGGGAAGCUUGACAACGGAUCACACAGAAGACAAACAGGGCAGCAGCGUGGAGCGGAGCGGAGCGCCUGAGUGAGACGCGUACUUCAAUGAGUAAGCACAACCCUAUCGCCAUAGGACGGUGUGGAAGGCCUCCCUUUCCUGUCAUAUACAAAUGAUGGGACCUCCAAUAGUGUGGAACUCAGACUGGUGCUGAGGGUGUCCACUAUUUGGUGUCUAAUGUGGGAUGUGAACCAGCAAUGUGAGCAGUUCUGUGGUGUUCUAGGUCACUCAUUUAUGGAGUUUCUGAAGGGCAGUGGAGACUACUGCCAGGCACAGCACGACGUCUAUGCAGACAAGUGAACUGUAGAAAUCUACUGCUAUUCCACUUAAUAAACCCCCUCAAGAGCAGAUUACUCGCAGCUGGGAGUUAGAGGAAGAUUCUUCGGAGACUGCAUCUGGAUGGGGUAACCAAGUGGGCUGUUUUUAUUUCGUUGGUCACAGUAUUACUGGAUUGAAGAUUUGUGGCUUGUCAAGAGCUUCAUCAAAAGCUUAUGAAAGUGUAAGCACUCCAUUGACGGUGGAAUUUGACAAAACUGAACCUUUUAUUUUCAGCUUUUUUGCCCAAUAGUUUUUCACUUUUUAAGAUUUGUGCAAAUUUUAUAUGAAAAUGGCUCGAAUGAAUCGCCCAGCACCUGUGGAAAUUACCUACAAAAACAUGAGAUUCCUGAUCACACACAACCCUACCAAUGCAACCGUAAAUAAGUUCAUAGAGGAAUUGAAGAAAUACAGUGUUACCACAGUUGUUAGAGUAUGUGAAGCAACUUAUGAUACAUCUCCAGUUGAAAAAGAAGGCAUUCAGUUUUUGGACUGGCCAUUUGAUGAUGGUGCUCCACCUUCCAAUCAGAUUGUGGAUGAUUGGCUUAGUCUUUUGAGAGUUAAGUUCCGAGAAGAGCCUGGCUGCUGUGUUGCUGUCCAUUGUGUGGCAGGACUUGGACGAGCUCCAGUUCUGGUGGCCUUGGCGCUUAUUGAAUGUGGAAUGAAGUACGAAGAUGCAGUUCAGUUCAUUCGACAAAAACGACAUGGGGCCUUUAAUAGUAAGCAGCUCCUGUACUUGGAGAAAUACCGUUCCAAGAUGCGUCUACGGUUCAAGGAUUCCAAUGGUCAUCGAAAUAAUUGCUGCAUCCAAUAAUAUCGGAAGAUUGAUCACUUAAUUCAUUUGAAGGCAUUGGAGAUGGCCAGUUUGGCUAAUUCAGCAGAGGAACGUAAAAUGUUUAGAUGUGCUUUGUAAUGUCAACUGGUGCUUCCUUAAGAGUUGAGAGAUGAGGUGGUGUUUUGUUUUCAACCCUGAGAUUCUUGCCUUCAGAUCUACUUUUGUUGAGCUAAAAAGUUGCUGCUGUAUGUUUCUGAACUAGAAUAAGAAAGUUCCGCCACAAUUGGUUUGAGCGUCUAGACUACGGCAUGUGCAUCGCUGUUUACAGAUGCAAAGAUGUAGAAUGGCUAAAUUAAGCAUCAAAUUGCUGCCACUUUUUUACUUACUGUGUUCCACAUGUCUAUAAAAAAAAAACAAAAAAACUUGGAACCUUUUAAACAGUUUCCCUCUUUCCACCCUGCUUCCUCUCUUGAGUCAUUUCAUGCAUCGCUAAAUAACUGUUAGCUUUUUAAUAUCUCAUUGAAAGUUUGCCUGAAUGUGGCAAUGCUCAAGAAUCUUGUGCACAGCUCCUUUGGUUGAGUGUCUUGCACAAUAGCGUCAAAAGAUUUAACCAUGUUGGCUGCUCACUAUACAUUUCGACAGUUUUUACAAGCCCUCCCACAGUCGCACUAGAUCUGGUUAAUGCACAACAUAUUCCAUGGUUACUUUAAAAAAAUAUAUCAUUAACUGAAGUCAAGAACAGUACAUUUGAAUGCUCUCUUCUAAUGUAUAUUGUAUUUUCAAAAAGGCUUAAAUUGUAUUUUAGUUGAGAAUCAUGUGACAUACCAUUGAUUCAAUCCCCUCUUUUGUCACAUUGGUCUCCAGUGUACCAAAGGGCAUUUUGGUUCACUAGACUGCACAUUGCAUUGCUCAUCGUAUAUAGUAGCACACGGGUUUAGUUUUAAAAAUAAGGCCUUACUGUCACUCCACAAUUGAUCUAAAGGGAGAGCCUGAGACAAAGAUUUUUUGGGGGGGGGGGGGGCAGGCUAAUAGUAUGUUGCAUUUUGUGCAGAAAAUUUACACUGGGGUUUGCCCAUUACGUGGAGAGUAAUUUUUUUUUAAGGUAGAAAUGCUUUGUUGUAGCUAAAUUCAUAUUGUACAGUAACUUUCUGAAACUUGUAAUCUUUCUUGAUGUAAUAUUGGAAAUUUACCAACUUGUCAGAAGCAUAAUUUUUGAGUUUCUGCAGGCUAUGAUGUCUGUAAUAUUUUGUAUGCCUUUUGAUUGCAUAAGUUAAUACUUGGAUACGAUCAAUUAAUUAUGUAAUUUGAUGCAAUGUUGUAUUAAUGUUAGAUGAACCAUAUUUAUGCUGUCUUGGGAGCGUGUGGUAUAGUUCUGUGGGAGAAAUAAUUUGCCAGCAUUCACCAGCUUGUUUAAAAUCUAGUGCGAGAGCUUGUCAUCUGAAAUAAAGUGGAGAAAAAAGCAAA